GACAAACUUGCGUAGUCUUACCACGGUCCUCGCUGACUGCCUACCUCUCUCUAUGGACGGCCGGAGGGGUGAAGAGGAAACGGGGAAUAUUGUCGCUGGGACCGCUGCGCCUUUUCAGUGCCAGGCCAUGAUUUAAUCACGGAAAACCGGGGUGUGGGGGGAAAACGGAGAAGAAUAAAGACGACGGGAGCCCGAGAGGAGAGAGGAGCCGCCGUUGGAGAUGUGCUUUUGGGCCGAGAUUGCGGCGCUAGGUACAACACAGCAGCCCCUGCGACGUGUUGUUUUCCACUUGAUUGUUGUCCGCACGGUAUCCCUGUCUAGGCCUGGACUGAGCAGAUUGUUCUGAGAGGAAACGGACAACAAACGGGGGAAGUGAACAUGGCUGGGACCUCAGGCUUCUUUUCCAACGGACCUAUUCCGUGGAUGGACAACGACACAGAGAUGAACAACCUGUACCGGGACCUGGAGCUGGGGACGGUACUGACACUGUUUUAUUCUAAGAAGUCCCAGCGGCCAGAGAGACGGACAUUUCAAGUCAAGCUUGAGACCAGGACUAUUAUCUGGACUCGAGGCACGGAUAAAAUAGAGGGAGAGAUCGACAUCAGGGAAAUCAAGGAGAUUCGUCCCGGACAGAAGUCACGUGACUUUGAGCGCUAUGUGGAGGACUCUGCAGCUCGGCUGGACCAGGCUCAUUGCUUUGUCAUCCUGUACGGCACCGAGUUUCGCCUUAAAUCACUCAGCCUGGCAGCAACAUCUGAUGAGGAGAUGACCAUGUGGGUGAAGGGAUUAAACUGGCUUGUGGCAGACACACUGAAGUCCCCAACACCACUGCAGAUAGAAAGAUGGUUACGUAAGCAGUUCUAUGCUGUUGAUCGCAACAGAGAAGACAGGAUAUCCUGUAAGGAUCUGAAGAGCAUGCUGAGCCAGGUCAACUACAGGGUGCCCAACAUGAGGUUCCUCCGAGAGAAACUUCCGGACUCAGAGCUGAGGAAUGGAGACGUGUCCUUCAGCCAGUUUGCCCAGCUCUAUCGCAGCCUCAUGUUUGACGCUCAGAAAAACUUGGAGAUCGCGUUUCUGCAAAGGUUCAUUGACAGACCAGAACAGAGGCUGUCCCUCGACGACUUCAAGAGCUUCCUCCUUGAGUCUCAAAAGGAAAUGUGGGCAUCAGACAACAACAAGGUUCAGGAGUUUAUGUUCAGUUACCUAAAGGACCCCCUGCGAGAAGUGGAGCAACCUUAUUUCCACCAAGAUGAGCUUCUGACAUACCUGUUCUCCAAAGAGAACACCAUCUGGGACUCUUCCUUGGACCAGGUGUGUCCCGAUAACAUGAACAACCCCCUGUCUCACUACUGGAUCUCUUCUUCACACAAUACCUACCUGACGGGAGACCAGUUUUCCAGUGAGUCCUCCCUGGAGGCAUACGCGCGCUGUCUGAGGAUGGGCUGCCGCUGUAUUGAAUUGGACUGCUGGGAUGGUCCAGACGGAAUGCCAGUAAUCUACCACGGACACACCCUCACAACGAAAAUCAAGUUUUGUGAUGUCUUGACCACCAUCAAAGAGCACGCCUUCGUAACGUCCGACUAUCCUAUCAUCCUGUCCAUCGAGGACCACUGCAGUAUUGUGCAGCAGAGGAAUAUGGCGACUUACUUUAAGAAGGUGUUUGCAGACAUGCUGCUGACCAAAGCAGUGGAUAUCGCUGCAGAUGGUCUGCCGUCACCCAACCAGCUCAAGAGGAAGAUCCUCAUCAAGCACAAGAAGCUUGCAGAAGGCAGUGCCUACGAGGAGGUGUCCACUUCCACUCCCUACUCAGAGAACGACAUCAGCAACUCCAUCAAAAAUGGCAUUCUGUACCUGGAAGACCCCAUUAAUCAUGAGUGGUACCCUCAUUUCUUUGUCCUGACCAGCAGUAAAAUCUACUACUCAGAGGAGACCUCGAGUAACCAGGGUAAUGAUGAUGAAGAAGAGCACAGAGAGGUGUCCAAUGGUAUGGACCAGCACGUGACAGAGAAAUGGUUCCACGGGAAGCUGGGUGCAGGGCGGGACGGGCGGCAGAUAGCUGAGAGGUUACUGUCCGAGUACUGCCUGGAGACCGGAGCUCCUGAUGGCUCCUUCCUGGUCCGAGAGAGUGAGACCUUUGUGGGAGACUACACGCUGUCUUUCUGGCGUUCAGGACGGGUGCAGCAUUGUCGCAUCCACUCUCGUCAGGAGGCAGGCAGCCCCAAGUUCUACCUGACUGACAACCUGGUGUUUGACACGCUCUUUGCCCUGAUCAACCACUACCAGCAGGUGGCGCUGCGCUGCAAUGAGUUUGAGAUGAAGCUGACUGAGCCUGUGCCUCAGACCAACGCUCAUGAGAGCAAAGAGUGGUACCAUGCCAACCUCUCCAGGAGCCAUGCAGAGAACAUGUUAAUGAGGGUUCCUCGUGACGGGGCUUUCCUUGUGAGGAAGAGGGCAGAACCCAACUCGUUUGCAAUUUCAUUCAGAGCAGAGGGAAAGAUAAAGCACUGUCGGGUGCAGCAGGAGGGUCAGACCGUGGUGCUGGGCACCUCAGAGUUUGACAGCCUUGUAGACCUCAUCAGCUACUAUGAGAAGCAUCCUCUGUACCGCAAGAUGAAACUGCGGUAUCCCAUCAACGAGGACACACUGGAGAAGAUAGGCACUGCUGAGCCAGACUACGGUUCACUGUACGAGGGCAGAAAUCCAGGCUUUUAUGUGGAGGCCAACCAGAUGCCAACAUUUAAGUGCACGGUGAGAGCCAUGUACGAGUAUAAAGCCCAGCGUGACGAUGAGCUCUCCUUCACUAAGAACGCCAUUAUCUCUAAUGUGGACAAGCAGGAAGGAGGAUGGUGGAAGGGGGACUGUGGAGGGAAGAAGCAGCUGUGGUUUCCUGCUAACUACGUGGAGGAGAUCAGUCCAUCAGCCGUAGAGCCUGACAGAACUCAGGAGAUGACAGAAAACAGCCCAUUGGGAGAUCUCCUGAGGGGAAGUGUGGACGUGUCUUCCUGUCAGAUUGUUGUGCGUACUGACGGAAAGGGCAGCAGGCCUCAUGUCUUCUCCCUGGUGCCCAAUACCUCACUGCGGACAGGCCCAGUGCUGGACGUUGCUGCCAGCAGUCAAGAAGAGCUCAAGGAAUGGGUGUUCAAGAUCCGUGAAGUCACUAUGACCUCAGAGGCUAAGCUGGAGGAGGGGAAGAUGAUGGAGAGGAGGAAGAAGAUUGCACUGGAAUUAUCAGACCUGGUCAUCUACUGUAGGCCUGUGCCGUUUGAUGAAGACAAGAUUGGCACCGAGCGGGCCUGUUUCAGAGACAUGUCGUCCUUCCCUGAGACCAAGGCAGAGAAGUACGUCAACAAGAUCAAGGGGAAGAAGUUCCUGCAGUACAAUCGACUGCAGCUGUCCAGGAUCUACCCCAGAGGGCAGAGGCUAGACUCCUCCAACUACGACCCUCUGCCUAUGUGGCUCUGUGGCUCCCAGCUGGUGGCACUGAACUUCCAAACAGCAGAUAAGCCCAUGCAGAUGAACCAGGCUCUGUUUAUGCUGAACGGAAGAAGUGGCUACGUCCUUCAGCCACUCAUCAUGAGGGACGACAACUUUGAUCCCUUCGACAGACACACGUUACGAGGCCUUGAGCAAGUCACCCUAGACAUAGAGGUUUUGGGCGCCAGGCACCUGCCCAAGCACGGACGAGGCAUAGUCUGCCCUCUGAUCGAGAUUGAGGUGUGCGGGGCCGAAUACGACAGUGCCAAGCAAAAAACUGACUCUGAAGCUGAUAACGGUCUGAACCCCACAUGGCCCCGCAAACCAUUCCAGUUCACAGUGUGCAACCCCGCCUUCGCUUUCCUGCGUUUCGUGGUUUAUGAGAUUGACAUGUUCAAUGACCAGAACUUCCUGGCUCAGGCCACAUUCCCCAUCCACAGCCUGAAGACAGGUUACCGGUCAGUUCCUCUGAAGAACAGCUACAAUGAGGAUCUGGAGUUGGCCUCUCUGUUAGUCCAUAUGGACAUCAUCACAGGCAGGGAUGAAAACGGGGAGGUUCUGAGCCCGUUCCUUGCCGUCGGGGCCGCGCCGCUGACGGCAUCGGUCCAAGCAGGGCAGGAACGUCUGGGGGACCUGAGCUCAGUGUCUUCCACCUCGUCUAACAUGUCCCCUCUGCCCCAGUCGCCAGCCCAGGCCAUGGCCUACAGGGGGAGGGAGGGCUCUUUUGAGUCCCGCUACCAGUCCCCACUAGACGACUUCAGGGUGUCCCAGGAGACACUGUUGGACCACAUGGACUCAACGAACAGAAGGUAAAUGAUGUUGCGGCGGACCAGAGUGGGUGGAGAGAACCGCGUCUAAAGUCCAAGCCAAUCAGGAUGUAUUUCUGUUACAGCCCCCCCCCCCCCACCCCCUCCCACCCUUCCUCACCCAGUCGCCUCUCCCCGUACUUAUGAUGUCACUGACUGCUGUGAACACUGUUUCCAUGGAAACGCCCACCACCGCUUUGGCCUACAUUUCAGGCAGCUCUCUCUCCCUACCAUUCUCCAACUGUCCCCCCCUCCCUCCUUCUCUCUCCCCUCCCUGCCGCCCAGUCUCCUCACCACUCGCCUGAACAGAAGGAGAGACUUGGACAUACGAGUAGAGGGGUGAGUGAGGGCUGAGAGGAAGUCGAAGCCGUGGACAGGAAGAAGAAACGGACAUUCACAUGAGAAUGAAAACAAGGCUGAAAAAGUUCCAGCUCUGGACUAGUGGUUCGGGAGGCAUGUUGUCCUCUCUUGAGUUUUUUAGGUGUGCACAACAGCUGCCUAGUGCGGAGGCUAAGACCAGGGAGAGAGAGUUUUAAAAGGUAUCAGUUUGAAACUGUUCCCCGGUUAGGUUUCUUCGCUCUUCUCUAUUUGACGUAUAUGAAUAUAUGUAUUUAUUCCUGCUGUGCUGUUGGCCAGAGAACAGCAGCAGCUGACCUGCUCUCAAAGAGCUUCUGUCUCCAUGUUUUUAAUUAUUAUAAUUAUUUAAACCUUUAAACAUUCAAUUUCAUAAUGUGACUUUCCUUUUUUUUUUUUUAUGUUUAUGUGUAAAACACGAGGGCUCUCUAUGGCUAUUUUAGUGUCUCUUUCUUCUCUGCUUUGUGGAGGAAAUGAUGCACCUCCUGUCUAACUCCCACUCAUAGCCUGGAGGAAAAUUAAGUUUUUUCUUUUUUGAUGACGUCAUGAAGAAGUCAUAGCCUUUUUGUGUUGGAAACAGGGAGAGAACAGGCAGCAUCAUAUAUUAUGUCUGCAUACACCAACAUACACAUGCACGCUUUUUUUUUUUUCUUUCUAACUUACAUUCCUUAAACACUGCACAUCAUUCCACUUUCCUGCAUUGCAGGGGCCUUUACAAGCCAGUCAGACACAUUUAAACGUCUGUCCCCCUCAAUAGUCUUACUGCGUUCUGAUCAUGUCUGUUAGGGAUCCAACACCACGCUGUGUGAUAAAACAGGACCAGGGAUACAUGUUGGUGACUGUUGGUGUUUUUACUUGUAUCAUCUACCAACACAUCCAUGGGCCAUGUUAUUGGCAGAAAACGAGUCAUUGAAGGAAUGGAUUAUAGAACUGCAUGGUUAUGGUUGAAAGGAAACAAUUUCAAUAGCCAAUGUGUUAAAUUCUCAAUGUUUUUUUUCUGGAGCACACCUUUAUUUGUCUUCAUUUACCGGCAACAUUGUGAAGGUCAGUCAACUUUACUGUAGUCUAGUGAUUAAUAUGGUUUUUACGGUUUACCCCAUUAACUUUAUGAUUAGAUAGGAUAUAAUGUGUUUAAUGUCAUUUCAUGUCUUAAUAGAUUAAUGGUCCCUUUAAUUCAGUGUUUUUAAGUUGAGCAGAACUUUCCCCAUAACUGAUACAGCUCUAAUAUUCCAGUGAGUGUAAAGAAACAGAAUGAAAGACGAUUUGGUUUCGAUGUCCUAAACAUAGGCCUUUUUUUUUUUUUUUUUUUUUUUUUUACUGGAACCAGCUGUAUAAGAUGUAGAAAUGUGUCCCCUACCUUAUAAAGUGAUACAGUAUUAUUGAGGGAGUGUGAACGUCUGUAUCACCAGUGUGCAGCAUAAUGAAAAAGUGCAGUUUGCACCAUGCUGGUAACAUUUUGCUGCCCUUCAGAGACGAUAAGGUCUUUUUUUGUGUGUGUCUUUGCUCAGAGAUGUUAUGUAGAGUUUAGCUACAGCAUCAAGCUGCUUCUCAAAAACCAUUUGGGGAUUUUAAGUUACACUGCCAUGUAGUGCAGUUCUGUUGCCACUGCACAUGAAUUUAUUAGUGAUGGAAUGUGCAGGAUGUGUGUAAACAGCUGCCUGCCAGUGAAAUGUUAGAAAACACAGUUAAUCAUUCAGACUCUCAUUUUGCCUUGUAUUCAUUUAUUUUCAUCUAGCUUGGUAAUUGAGAUUUCUCUGGAGAUAAACGCCGGGUCCUCAUUUCCUGAUUUUGUGAUGUGAGAGCAUGUUUGGAGAAGCGUGCAGUCUAAGCGGCAUAUUUUGUCGUGGCUGUGUUUUUGUGGCAAAAGGAUGACAAAGGUGCCUGGGGGAGGGAGAGGGGAUUUAGGGUCUAUGACAAAAGCCCAUACAUAGCCACUGGUGUUAUCUUUCCAUGUUUAGAUCAGAAAUAGUGUUUUCUCUUUGCUCUUAUGUGAUGACAUUAUUCAGUAUUUCUGCUCAGUGUUUGAACACUGAGACACACCUAAGCCAUACAGUAUGACUUGAGGUAAAAGCAGGGAAUGGAGUGAAAACUUGAGGUCUUGAUGAACAGUUUUAGCAUCUUGUGGUUUUCACCCUGAUAGUUAUCCCAAAGCUCUCCUUUUUUUUUUUUUUUUUGCCCCCUUCCUUGGUCGAUGAAUGGCAGUUGUGGAGAGUUCCCCCUCUGUUGCUGGCCUGUCUGCUAAUGUCUAUGUGCCUCCGUCUGUAUACACUACAUAAAAGCCACAUCGUUCAAUCUCCCCACUGGGCUUUAAGCACCUGCACAGCCACGCUACACCCUUAAAAGGUGUCGUCUUGUUUUGACUGUUUGGAACUCCUCUUACCUGAUCAGUUUGUUGUACCCUUAAUGUCUGAUCAGAGUAAACACCCACCAGAGGUCUCAUAAACCAGAGUAACUCAGUGCAUAUAUGUGGGUGUGCAGGGCCCUUCAGCCUGGUCAUUUUUUUUUUAAACUUUUCUUUUCUCUUCCAAUUUUGUCUGUUUUGUUACACAUGGUCUCAUUUACAUUGCCUUUCUGUAAUGUGCCUAAACUAUUGAGAGGAAAAUAACUCAUUUUAAUUUGCCUUUCAUAUGAAACAUAUUCAAGCCUGAAAAGUAAAUAAAAUACUUACUACUUUAUA